AGUGUGACAAAAAGCAAAAGCAGAAGAAAUCUGUAAAGGGACAAAAACUCCACUAAUAUCAGUAAAAUCUUGUACGACUAAAAUAUCACUAUAUAUCACUAUAAAAUAUGAGUUUUGCAUUUAGAUUAAAUUAUUAUUUUUCCAUUGUUAAUUAUUUUCUGAACUGAACUUUGCUUUAUAGGUCUGUGGGCCCCUGGGAUUCUUUCCAACACACUCAUCAGUGAGGCCAUAAAGGUAGAAUAAAUACUAAAGAAUGAGGUUUUUAUUCUAGCUGAAAGCUCCAUUUGCAUUAAGUCUGUAAACAGAUGGGCUGAAACCGAGGCCCCCCAUAUUAAAAAAAUCAUAAUCCAUAUGCGUUGUUUGUGAUAUCACAGCACAGUAAAGCAGCUUUGGUGCGCAGCCUCUUUGCGCCGCAUGCUGGCGGGGUUCGUGAGGGGGCUGCGGCCAUCAAAAUAUCCAGAUUAUGCAUUUUACACUAUCUUGCUGGCUCUAUUUCGUCUGAACUCCGCAGCAGCAGAGAAGGAGGAGGGGGAGGAGGAGGAAGAGAGCCGGGACUGCUGCCACUUGUCGCCUUUAGGUGGCGCUCAGAGCGCAGGAGACAGUGGCUCGCCUCCCUCUCCGCUGCAGGACCAAGAUGCUGGCUGAGCGGCUGCAGGACAGGUGAUAGUCCGGUACGAUCUCCUCGUGAGCGCGUGUGUUCAGUAUAAAAGCUUCGAGACUGGAAAGUUUAUUAUAAUAAAGCUCAUACUGAAAGUGUAGAAAAAAGUGAGAAAAAUAUGAAGGAAAAUGUUGGGAAAUCCAUGAAGUUGAUGAAGAGGAUGGUCGCUCCGCCUCCUCCUCCCUGAUGGGGGAGUGUAUAAUGAGUGUAUGGGUGAGGGAGGGGAGAGAGAGAGGAGAGGGAGUGAAGCGCGAGCGCUCUGGUUUGGAUUCACUCCACUUUCUCAUCACUCACGGUGCAGCCGCGCGACCUGCACCGUGCCGGACCGCGCGAGAACCCAACCCGGACCAGAGGAAACCGGACCAAACCUGCACUGCUCGCAACAUCAAUUCGGACAUUUUUUCCACUUUUUUUUUUUAGGAAGUGUGUGGGGGAGAGAAACGGGUGGGAUUCUUCUCCCUUCCCGGUGCUCCGUCCACAUCGAGCACCUCCACCCUAACUCCCUCUCCAUCCCAUAGAGAGCGUGCCACUAGCGAAGUAUGCAGCCACCUCGGUCCGGCCGCCGGUGACGCUUCCAGGGGUCCGUCAGUGAGUCCGACCGUGCUUCCGGAGAACGCUUGUCACGACUGAAAGAAACUAAGAGAACUGGAGGAAUAACUACAGCCGUGACUGGAUUGUUUGAUUCACCUCAGAAUCUUUUUUGUUUUGUUUUGUUUUUUGUCUUUUUGUAAUGAUAAUUUUUAAUUACAACCUUGUGGAUUCUUUAUAACAAAACCAUUUUUGUCUGGAGCAUCUGCGUCUGGAUAUCGCGGGGGAGCGAGAGUCUGUAGCCGGCGUUGGAGCGCUCAGAACUGUGUCUUUAACCCGAUCCAGAGCGAUGUCCGGCAGAGGCAUGGCGUUCCUGAGGUGGGACAUUUUCUUGCUCCUGGCUGUCAUCCUAAUGGUUUCCUGCAGCGCUGUGCCUACAGAUAUUCUGUAUCGAGUUCCUGAGGAGCAACCUCCCAACACGUUGAUCGGCAGCCUGGCUGCAGACAAAGGCCUUCCCGACACUGGACAUCUGUACAAGCUAGAGGUGGGUGCCCCGUACCUGAGGGUGGACGGCAAAACCGGGGACAUCUACACCACCGAGAUUCCUAUUGACCGUGAGACCCUGAGUGACUGCCAAAACCUGUUUGAUGACAAAUGCUUCCUGGAGUUUGAGGUGUCGAUCACCGACAUGGUGAAAGGGAUCGGAUCUGGACCGCGGCUGAUCGAAGGUCUUAUUGAGGUGCUGGAUAUCAAUGACAACACGCCGCAGUUCGCCUCACCCAUCCUUUCCCUGGCUAUUCCAGAAAAUACGCACAUUGGCGCUCUCUUUUCCAUCCCAAUGGCCACCGAUAAGGACUCUGGCUCUAAUGGGGUGGCCGAGUACUCUCUGAGCACUGGACCAGACGCUGUUCAACUCUUCAACCUGCAGGUCACUUUGGACACAGAUGAGAAGCUUCCACAGCUGAUAAUCAUGGGCAACCUGGAUCGUGAGAAGAAGGACUCAUACGAUCUGAAUAUUCGGGUUGUGGAUGGAGGGAAGCCACCGAGAGCAAGCAGCGCUCUGCUUCGAGUCACCGUGACUGAUCAGAACGACAAUGCUCCAAAGUUCGAGAGAAAUCACUAUGAGGCUGAACUGCCAGAGAACAGCCCACUGGGACAUUCUGUGUUGCAGGUUCGAGCCAAUGACGCUGACACUGGCACCAACGGAGAAAUUGACUAUACCCUCCAUCAAGCAUCCGAGACUGUCCAGAGGCUUCUGCGUAUUGACCGCGCAACUGGAACGAUUUACGUCAAAGGUCUGGUAGACAGAGAAGAAACCAGCUUUCUCAAGUUCUUUGUGGUCGCCAGAGACCGUGGGCCUAAUUCCAAGAUUUCCAAAGUCCUAGUGACCAUCAUUGUCAAGGACCAAAAUGACAAUGCACCAGCAAUAGAGAUCCGUGGUAUUGGGUUGGUCAUCCACCAAGACAGUGUGGCCAACAUCUCUGAAGACAUGCCGAUCGGUACACCGGUAGCACUAGUGCAGGUGUCAGACCGUGAUGAAGGGGAAAACGCUGUUGUGACAUGUGUGGUUGCCGGUGACGUCCCAUUCCAACUCAGACCUGCUAGCGAGUCAGCCAAUGAUCGGAAGAGAAAAUACUUCCUGCAGACAACUACCCUGCUGGAUUAUGAACGUAUUAAGGAUUACAGAAUUGAAAUAGUUGCUGUGGAUUCCGGUAACCCAGCUCUGUCAAGCACCAAUUCUCUCAAAGUCCAAGUCACAGACAUGAAUGACAACACACCAACAUUUUCUCCGGCACUGGUUGAAGUGGACUUUCCUGAGGGCAACCAGCCAGGUGACAGAGUGCUAGACGUUGUGGCCACAGAUGCAGACAGUGGCAUCAAUGCAGAGAUGAUUUAUAGCAUAAUUGAGCCUGAAUCUACCAGACUUUUUGAGGUUGAUGCAAACUCUGGGGAGAUUCGUGUGAAAAACACACUGGAUCGAGAGGAACGUGAGCACUAUAAGUUCCAUGUUGCAGCAGCCGACAAGGGUCUUCCAAGUAAAACUGGAACUGCUACAGUGGUGAUAAAUGUUCUAGACCGCAAUGACAAUGAACCCAAAUUCAUGCUGAAUGGCUACAGCUUUUCUGUCAUCGAGAACAUGCUUCCACUAAAUCCUGUUGGUGUAGUGACUGUGACUGAUGCUGAUAAAGGGGAGAAUUCCAGAGUGACACUGUUUGUAGAUCCUGAUAAUGGCAAGUUUUUGAUCCAAAAUGACACAAGAACUAUCCUGUCAAGCAUUUCAUUUGACCGUGAAAAGGAAAGCACUUACUCCUUCCGUCUGAAAGCUGUGGAUGGUGGUGAACCACCUCGAUCCUCCUAUGUAGGUGUGACCAUCAAUGUCUUAGAUGAGAAUGAUAAUGCCCCCUAUGUCACCAAACCAUCCAACUCCUCCUACACCUACCUGACACCUGUCACACCUCCAGAAACACAUGUGGAAGUGGUUGAGGCUGAGGACAUUGAUGCUGGACCCAAUGCUGAGCUGUACUAUUCAAUCACAGGAGGAAACCCUUACGGCCUUUUCCAAAUCUCACCCACCAGUGGGGAGAUCACACUGGCACAAGCAUUCUCUGGGAAACACAAUGGGCUUCAUCGGCUUGUCGUGAGGGUCAGUGAUCGAGGCAAACCGCCUCGCCACACAACUGCCUUAGUCCACGUGUUUGUAAAUGAAACCAAAUCCAAUGUAUCCCUCAUUGAGGCACUGGUGGGUCACAGUCUUUACACACCUCUGGACAGAGACAUAGCAGGAGACCCCAACUAUGCUUACAGUCAGCAAAACAACAUUAUGUAUGGAAGCCUUGCAGGUGCUGCUGUUGUGAUUCUGGUCAUUGUAGCUGUGGUGGUCAUCAGACACCAUCUUCAGAAAGAUACUAAGAGUGGUUACCAAGCUGGGAAGAAGGAGAGCAAAGAUCUCUAUGCUCCCAAACAGGGCCCAAAAAAUGGGAAAGGGAAAAAGAGCAAAAAGCCCAAAGCUCCAAAACCCACCAAACCACUGGAAGAGGAUGAGGAGGCAAGUCUGCAGAAAGGCCUAAAGUUUAACCUCAUUAAUGAUGUCAAUGACAGUCCCAGAAUCCAUCUGCCCCUUAAUUACCCACCAGGAAGCCCAGACCUGGGCCGUCACUACAGGUCCAACUCUCCUUUGCCAUCUAUCCAGCUACAACCACAGUCACCCUCUGCAUCCAAGAAACACCAGGCUGUUCAGGACCUCCCUGCAACCAACACCUUCGUAGGAACAGGCGAUAACAACUCCACGGGAUCGGAUCAAUAUUCGGAUUACAGCUACAAGGCCAACCCACCCAAAUACAACAACAAACAGCUGCCCCACCGCCGAGUCACCUUCUCCACAUCCAAUCAGGCCCAGGAUCUGCAGGAUGCAUCCCAGCACAGCUAUUACGACAGCGGCCUGGAGGAGUCAGAGACACCCAGCUCCAAGUCAUCAUCGGGCCCUCGGAUCGGACCGCUAGCUCUGCCGGAAGACCACUACGAGAGGACCACACCCGACGGCAGCAUUGGCGAGAUGGAACACCCGGAGAACGACCUCAGGCCUCUUCCCGAUGUGGCAAUGACUGGUAACUGCACACGUGAGUGUACCGAGUUUGGCCACUCCGACUCCUGUUGGAUGCCUGGCCAGCCUUCCCCCAACCUCAAGGUUUCCAAGAAUGCCCCCAAACUUUCCACCUUCGUGCCUUACCAGGAAAUGGAUGGACAGGAGCAACUGAUGGCCAAUGGCAGCCCGAAGCCCAUGGUGACGGAGGAAUGUGGGACAGGUGGCGGUGCUGGCAGCAGCAGCUCCAAAGUGGCCAGCAUGAGGUUCAUGACCCCUUACAGCAGUGCCUAUCCUGGGAACGGAGACUCAUCUGGUAAAGACUGUGGCCUGGAGGAGAUCCCACUGAGCCAGGCAGCGGAAUACCACUCCGCCGCCACCCCAACUGGCCAGACCUCCAAGAGGGAGAUCUACCUGUGAGGGCAAAGCUCUCAACUUUAAAUCCCCAAUGAUCGACAAUGCCGUUCACCGCCUCACCUCCCACCUUCUCACAGCCACCCCCUGUGCCUACAACUCGCUGUGCUGCAGCAUGACUCAUCCUUCCUUUUUUCAACUGCAUCACCGAACAAGGCUUUAGACCCCCACCUCACCUGCUGCCGCCGCCCCCAACACCCCCCUCAAAAAACAAAUCAAAUGUAAGAAUAGUCAAAUGAAAAUGGAAGAAAACUCUGUUUUAUCUGCUGUGGAAGCGAUGUAAACUAUGCUACAUUGUUGUGAUGAUUUAAUGGGAAACUAUUUAGCUCUUAACGUAUAUCAGUUUAAUUUUUGUGAGUGGCAUUACGCUUUGUUGCUCUGUUGGAACAGAAAAAGAACAAAAACAUCAUGGGGGAAAUGGUGAAGAACGUCUUGUAAAUCCUACUUAAGUAUACUGUGUAAUCCUAUCUAUCCUCAACUUUUUUAUUUGAUUUACUUUGUCUUUGUUGACUCCGGGGGUCGUAGGAAUCACAUUUUUUAGACAAGUUGAAUCCAAUCAACGGAAACUGGUCAUUGAAAAGACGUUUACAGAAACGCUGCUGUUUCCCAAUCACCGGAGUUGUAUCUUAGUUUUUCGGCUAUGAACAAAUCCUUUUUCCAGUGUACAGAGCUGUAAAUACUACAAACAAUGACAGAGGAAACUGCUGUGGCUCUCAGUGUGGAUUUGUGGCUGUUGUGCUGUCUUCAGAUCUUCCCAUAUGGUCCCGUUGAUGGACUGAAAAUCUCGGCAUGCGCGAAGAAACGACAUCACAGAGUUCAGCGUCACACUGCAGGAACAUGGACUCUUGAGCAUCACCGACGGUGCCGAGUUACAACCACGAGACUUUUUGUUUGUGUGUUACUUUUUUUUUAUCUCUGCGGCUUUGCAACACGCUGGCAUCUGGGUUUAUGUAGGGAAGCACAUCUUUUUUUUAUCAGAAGAAAGCUUAUUCAGAGGAUUGCAACCUCAUGUUGUUCUCACUAGUUGACCAUGACAUGAGAAUUGUAAAGAUAAACAUAUUUAACAGUUCAAACACACUUCAACAUCAGCUAUCCUUCCAUUUCAUGUUCACUGUUGUAAAAAUUAAAGGGUUUCAGGAUUUAAAGUUCUGAUAUCAUCACAACACACUGUUCAUGUUAAAGAAGAAAUGACAACAAUGUAGGAAUAGUAUAAAAAGUACACCCUUCUCCAGUUCUAGGUUUUUAUGCUUGUGGACUAAAAUAAUUUUUUGUGAAUCUAACCCCCGAGUGUAGGAAAUCAAACAAUAGAUUCCACUUUUUUUCUUAUUUUAAAAAAUAAAACAAAGUCAAAUGGAGAAGCCAUACAGCUAAGUACACCCUUGGUGUGGAAUUUAAGCAGAAAUCUAGCAGCCAGCUGCUCCCUUUAAAAAAGUAAAGGCUUUUGUUUGGGCAGUUUGUUGCCAUUAAACCUACAUGUGAAUGUUAACACAAUGCCAAGACAGAAAGAGAACAGCAGUGACUUUCAGAGAAGCAAUAAUUGCUGAACAUCAAUCUGAGAAAAGUAAUAAGAUAAUUUCAUAACAAUUCGAAUUGUAUCCUCCUACAGAGAGAGAUAAAAAUAUCCUCUAGUGGAAAGUAUUCAAGACAUCUUUCCAGUGGUAGACAUCACAGCAAAGGGCAAUGUUGAAAGAAAUAUCCAUCUCAGUCUUCAAAGUCCUCAUUUAACAUGUUCAGUUUUAAAGUCCAUUCAGGAAAAUUACAAAAAGACUGAAAAUGUAUAGCUUGUCCGAAAGGGUCCUCCAAGUGGAAGCCUCUUCCCUCUGAAAUAAUAUGGCAUCACAACUGGUAAGCUGCUUUUUAGAUCUGAUCUGAAGAAGCCUCUGACUAAAGACACUCUGUUGUUGUACGGCAGUCUCAUAAAGAAGAUGCCCCGGAUUCCUCAUAAUGUUCUUCAUUUUAUAAAUAUCCUUCUUUAUCCUUCUUUGCACAAUGAUCUCCAAAGGUUCCAGAGGAGUCCCAAGAACAGAACCAGCUUUCUUUAUUAGCUUGUUGAGCUUUUUUAAGUCCCUGGCUCUGAUGCUGCUACCCCAGCAGAUGAUGGCAGAAGAUAUCACACUCUCCACAACAGACUUAUAGAAGGUAUGCUGCAUAACUUGAAAAUGCUUUGAGAAAAUGCUCAAAUUUGGGCAGACAAAUAACUACUGAGACUUACUGCUGCUACAUGUGCUUCUAUGAGCUGUUGUAUAUUGGAGCAUACUCAGGAGCAUACACAGCAUUUUUACAGUUUGGCUUCAUCUUUGUUUACCGGCAGUAAUAGCGUGGAAUCUGAUCUGUGGUUUUGCACUUAAGGUUACCUUUGAAUAAUUUUAGAAUCGGGUAAGCAGGAAAUUAUUUUUAUUGUGUCCUAAUGCAAAUAAACAGAGUACUGAAAUAAGCUGUACAUUAGUUUUACCCAUGUUGUGUUAUUCUCGGUAUAUUGGUUGACUUUUUACACAUACUUUUACAAAUGUAUUUCCCAGUUCUCUAAAAUCCUGAUUUUCACAAGGUAUAACAUUUCAAAAUUUAAGCCUUUUCUGGUUAAGCCAAAUUUCAGAAAAUUCUUGUUGAUCGUGUCCAUUUCUUCAUAUCACAUCACUACAGUUAAAAGUUGAAAAACCUUUAUCGUAAAAGUUUUAAUUUAAAAUUUAUAAAGAUCCAUCCUUAGGGGAACAGGUGUGUUGUUCAUCAUCACUGCAUCAUAGGUAUUUUUAGCACUGCACUGGGGAAAGAAAUAUGACACCAUUUUCUGUCAAAAGGAGGAUCAAGUUCUGAGUCAUGUAUCAUUUGCCGUAAAAAGAAAAAAAAAAAGACUAAACUAAGAGCUGAGUAUUUUUCCAAAAGUCCAGCUAGUCUCUGAUGAUUGCGUCAACAUCAGUCGUGAAGCUCCUGCAGCUUAACAAGUCAAACAUGAUGCUCAUGAAAACUGUUGUUUUUGUUUAUAAAGCAGCUGUUUCCAGCCGAUACCGUCCACUGCAUCCGUUCUCACUCCUGUGUGUUUAACUUUGGAGAGCGUCUCUCUGAUGUGUUUUUUAACCCGAAGGAAGAACUGUUGGGUCAUUGUCGACACUCGUUAGUUCCCACCUCUUUCCCACCCCUGUUUGAGGCUGAGCCCCGCCCAUGUUUAGCAGGGGAAUUAUUAAACCUGUUUAGCUGCAUGUGGUGGGAGGCGGCCGCUGGGGAAGGUAUCCAACGGUUCCUGUUGUGCCGCCACCGCACAGAAAUGCAGGAUUAAUGACAUCUGCAUGGGCUUUGGUCCGCUAACACUCCCACUCUCCGACGCAAGGAACACAGCAGAGAACGUUUAAUUACAACCUGAGGCUAUGAAUAUAACUAGCAAUAAUUUGUGUGAGGAAAAGGGAGUUUGCUUGGAGGUUGAGUCAUUUUAGGCCAACUUUUUAUGGUUACUGAGAAUAAAGUAAGAUUUCCCCUGAUUGAUGCAGACCAACAAAGGAGAGUGAAAAGAAAAUGCUGAACAAUAUAGUCUCUUAGAGAAGUCAGCUUUUCUGAUAAAAUAAGACAUUUUUUAGGUGAUGACAUUUAUCAAAAUAAACAUUUUCCCCACAGAUAUAUAAACAGAGCAAAGAUAAGCAUCUGAAACUACUAAAAUCUCAGAAGAGUUUAAAAGUAAUGGACACUUGAAUCUGCAAAAAAGGCAAAAGACAAACUCAUUCACAUGAGCAGCAAAUACACGUCAAAAGUAAUUAUUUUACCUCUAGGACAUCUUUCCACUGAUCGAAAAAGCUCAAUAAAGAAUGAAAGCUAAGAUGAAGGUUCCAGAUAGUUUCACUAAUAUUUGUGCAAAAUUUCACCCAACAAGAGUCCAUCCUUUGGGCACCCAGAGUAUUUAUAGAGAGGGCAGCAGGCAAGCUUUUUGAUUCCUCAAAGUGCCUAAAAGAUGCAGGUUGAAAGCAGAUUACUGACUUGAGCUGAGAAAAAGUUUAAAUUUGAACUUAAGGAACCUUUUGGAUGAGACGUGCAAAAUCUCCAAUAGUCAUAUACCAGUUUCCUAUUUUAUGUUUUUCAGGGAUACCAAGAUCUGGAUGACUUGAGUCCCUCUCAGAAGAUCCUUACAAGCUUUGUUGUAAGGAUCUUGUUCAACAAGUCUUGUGUGUGUGUGCUGAUUGAGAGGUUUAAGUUGACCCACUGUUAAGCGUAGUCACAGAGCAGAAUUGCAAGUAGGUGUAAAGCAGGGGGAGGCCCUUUAUAAUCAAUGGAAUUGUCACUCACUGGUUAUGGGAUAAUAUCAUCACAUGACAUGCUUACACCUCAAGCAAUGUGUUUGGCAUGAGAAGGUGUUGUUUCUGAUUGUACAUUUUACAUCUUUUUUAUAUUUCAUUGAUUUAAGUACCUGGUGUAUCUCAUUGUGUUAGAAUGCAAUUGGAAUACCUAGGACUAACCCACCAGCUCAUGAUGUAAAGAGGUUAUAGCUGGUAUAUGAUACAUUAAACUAAAAAUGUAUACAGAUGCAUUUAGUGCCAUUUUAGUAAAACCUGUCUUUUUAUUAUAUCCACAGGAUGAGAUCAAUGUCUUUCUUGAGUGAAUGGGAUUGUAACAGACUCGUUAGUAUUGUUUCUUUGCAAUUAGCGCAUUCAGCCUGCACAAUCAGAGGACAACACCAAAGCAACACAAACAAGCUGAAAGUCUUUGCAAGUAAACAGAUUACAAAUUAGGGUCAUCCGCUGGAUCAGGCAGGGUUCACGUCUUGUUUUAUUAGGCGAACAGCUUCAUGGAGCAUUUUAGACUGCUUCUCUCUACCACUUCCCUCUAAUCCCCGAUGUACAAUCAUCCGUUUCAUAUGAGACAGCUAAUUGCUUUGUAUUGUGUUUUACAUUUGUUUCAGCUUGUGUUGAAGCUUGACGUGUGGGCCCUUGUGCAGUUAUUCACCUGAUUCAGACUCUGAAUAAAGUUUGAUUUAUUUUCAACAUAUCUGCCCAUUCGGUAAAUGCACGCACACAUAUAUCAACAAUCAUUCAGCUGGCGCUCAGCCCUGCCUGCAAAAGAGAUUUAGAGUUCAUGAGUGCUGCAUGCUCCUGCAGUGAUUUAAUGCCUGAACUGACGGUCUGAUUGAUUAUUUACAGGCCAAACAUGGAGGUCCACUCUCUCCCUUCCAUCUCCUCUGCAAUGUCCACCGGCUGCUUGGCUGUGUGGUGCACUGUGUAAUGUAAAAAUACAGAAAAAGGGCCAGAGGUCUUGUAGCAUCAGUUUAACCCCAAACUUUUGGCACCAAUUAGAGCUGAAAGAAAACACCAUCCCCUGGUAACCUCUGGCAAUCUUUAGUGAACUCUGCAAUAUUAGUUUUAGACUUUUAGACUGACUAAAGGCAUUGCUUUAGUCAGUCUUACUAAUUUAUUUAUCAGUUCGGGACAAAUUGGAUUGGCAUAAGGGAGCUAAACCAUCAAACACCUGAGAGAUGGUGAGUUGUUACAUCACACCAUAUCAUAGCAAAACAGUCUUGUUGCAUUUAAAAGAGAGCAAUGAAGGAAGGUAUCACCCAACAUGUGUCGAUGAUUGUUUAACAGACAACCAACAAAAUCAUGAGCCUCAUACCUCAUAGCAAGGACACAUAAGUCCCUUUAUUCCUUAUUUUGUUGAUUAGGGAGUACUUGUUUAACCUUUUGUAACAAAUAUGGACAAAAAUAUAAUACUUUGAAUUAAGUUUGUUUAUGUAAAGUCUGUCAGACGAGGCCUAAUGAUGUAACUUCAGAAAUAUUUGUCUCAGCUCAAAUGCAGAUUCAAUGAAUCAGUCAAUAUCUGUUUAAGAACUUUACAUAUACAACAAAGGGAACAAAACUAAACUCAUAAAAACAGGGGGCACGGAAAAACACAUGACAAAAAGGAAAAAAAAAUAAAGCCAAACAUGGAAACAAAAAACCCCAAAUGUAGAGAAAUGUUGUUCUUCAGGUGAUAAAAUCCAUUCCUGGUUACAGUUCUGGUCUAAGGUAAGAAAAAAAAAAAAACAGGGUAGAAUCAAAUACAAUCCUAAUAUUUUUAAUUUGACCUAAAGGGUUAAUUUCCACAGUUCAGAGUUUAACUGUGAGUUGCUCUCUCUGAAUGUCAGUGGAGAUCAUAGAAUUUCAGUUUUGUUAUAUUUGGGCUAAAUGUAGUUAUUUUUCAGGGCAUGACUGAAUAUCUGAUAUAGUAUUAAAAAGUCCAUCAAUCGGGUAAUCAGGAGGUGCAUCAAUGUAAACCUGUGUGUCAUCAGCUAUGAAAAUUAAUGCCAUGUCCCCUGAUGGGAAAUGAGGCAGUGUGUAUAAAUUAAAAAGUGCAUUUGCCUUAAAAUAAGAAUUGUGUGUCAUAUUGUCUGGCUCAGUGUCACUGAGAAGUUUCAGGUUUUUUUGGACAUUCAAUUGGCAUAAACUUAUAAAAAAUCAGAGUCGGAAAUGUAACCAGAUUUUGUUACAGCUUAUUAAAUUUUUCUCAUCUUGAAAAACUGUUAAAACUUUAAAAGAAUAAAAUCAACUAGUCAAAACCUUAGGAUGAUGUUUCACACACAACAUACGUAUCUAAUAUUUAAAAAAAAAAUGAUUGGAGAAUAUACUUUAUACGCAGCGUGUGCAGUAAAGAUCAAAUAUUUGGACACAGUAAUGAAAAAAAUAAAGGGUGUCCAAACGCUUGACUGGUACCAUUUCUGUGACUAUUUGAAGGACCCAAAGUGUCAGCAAACACUUCCUGCUCCCUGGAGGAAAACCUAAACCCCUCGACACAGCCUCCAGCCUCCCGACCUACCCGUCAGCCCCCAGGAGACCUUCUGUCACACACUCUGACAGCCUAGAUGUGGGUGUGUAUGUGUGUGCAGGAAGAAGGACGGGAGUUGGCCGCACUGCAUGAACAUUCGCUUUCAAAUCUACUUCCAGAAAUUGAUAUUUCUGACAUUUCCUCCAUAUUGAAAUUCAGAUAUUCUGUUUGUAGAAAUACUCAGCCGGACCUGGGAUGUGCACUAAUUUAUACUGAAUCAGAGAAAAUAAUAAUUUUUGAGCUUCUUGUUCAAGCUUGAAAUAAAAUUUGUAAAAGUGAAAACAAUGUUUAAUUUGACUUGAAAAAGAAAUGAACCAUCAUGCACACUAAUAUCUUUCAUUUACCACAAUUAAUUUCCUUUAAAAACUAAAUCAAUGUGUGCUGCUCUUUCUGAAAAAAAACAUUUAAAUCCAUCUGUUUUACACCUAUUCAUUAUUAACUGAAAUUUAUUGCUGAUCUCUUACAACAUUCAUGAGUUAAAUACAUGAAUAUUUUCUGGAAAUCCUUUAAUAUUUCAAUACUUAAAAAAAAAAAAAGCUUGAAUCAUCCAAAACUGUACAACAGCUGUUGAAUAAAAUACAUUUUCAAGUAUUUUACAUAGUUUUCAAAAAAAAAAAAAAAAACAAUAUUUUAAAAUACCAGCCUGCUGACAUCAUUAGAUUGAUUUUAUUUCCUGUCUUUUUUUUAAGUUCAGGAAAUCCAACUUUAGUUAGAGCCGGUUUGUAACCUUUCCAAACCUGUUCCACUUAUUUCAUGUCUUCAAUCGUGUAAAGAUGUCCGUUAUUUCACGUCUCAUGUCUCCCCUGUUAGUCAGUAGUGUUAUCAGUCAGUCAGCAACAUUUAUUAAUUUGUAAAUGUAUCCUUUUCUCUCUCAGCUGUCUGAUAAGAUUCAGUCGGGAACCAGUUGAUUCCCCUCGAAUCAUCAGCGUUGCGUAUAAAUGGGACGUUUUCACUGCUGAACAAAUUAAACAAUUAAGGUAUUAUCAUGGAAACUAUGUUGAAUAAGCUUUUGAUAAUGAGAAAAUAUCCUGGAAAAUUAUUAAAAAUUCACAAGCUUUUACAAUACAUGUUUUGCUGGUUAACAGAAGUUUUACAUGAGCAUCAAUUAACUUGGAAACAUCUGUAGCUGAAUCCAAAGCUAUACUGAAAUUAUUUACAUUGUCAUGAGAUUACUUAAAAGACAGACUUUUAGUUUUUCACAAAUAUUCCUAAAAUCUCAGCUUGUAAUGUUCUUGUGAACCAUAAAUGUGUGUCACUGCACUCAGGGGUAAAAAUUAAAGUUUCUGUUCACUCUGGCUACUUAAAUUACAUCUGUACCAGUUCCUUGAAAUUUGUACAAGCUUUGUUUUAAAACACUCUUUUGUGCCGUAUCUGGAAGUAAUACCAACACUUUGGUGUGGCCCAACCAGAGUACUGAAUCUAACAAAGAAUCUUUGGAGGAAGCUAAAGAUUAGAGUGAUGGUAGGGAAGCUUUUCAACCUUAAAGACUUAUCACCAAAGAUAAAUUGUCAAAAUAUCAGUGAAAUCAUGCAGAAGGCUGGUCAGCAACUGAACUAAAGAUUUUUUUCAUUGGUUAUAAAGUAGGGUAUAAUUCAUUUUACAAGUUAUUUAAAAAAAAGAUAAAUUCUCAUGUAUUUUCCUUUGAGAGAUACCUGUCUCUUUUCCUAUCUGAAACUUGAAUGGAAGGCAAUUAAAAUCUAAAUCUGACAGUUGCAUAAUUUUGGGUUCAACCGCAAGUCUGAGUGAUCUUUCCUUGCAAUAGAUAUAAAUGGAUUACAGAAAAUUACUUUAAAGCAUUGGUUGUCAAGGUAUGUAUGAGAAGUGGAAAUCUGGGUAUGAAGAAACCCAAACUACAAAAAUUCUGAUUGACAAAGGAAAAAAAUGAGCACACCUUACACUGGGAACAAAACGUUACUUGCUUUUGUUAAAAAGUAUCCAACCAUGAAACUUAUUGUCGUUUCAUUUCCCACUUGUCAUUAAUAAACAGACGUUUAAUUUGUGGUAAUCCUUUAGCUUCAGUUAUGAUCAAAAUAGGUCCCUCACAAGAUCAAAAUUAAAAUAAACAAUACAAAAAUAUAUAUCCCAAGUAAGUGCAACGCUAAGAUUGUGUAAAGGCUCAGUUGCUUUCCAUUGUGGUUGGAUUCAUCCAGUACUGUUUCAGUUCAUUGUGAUUUGCCUCCAUUUUCUGGGGAUGACUUUGAUAAUGAAGAUGGAAAGUACAUUUUAUCAUAUACAGCAUACCAUAUACAAUGUAUUGUACUACUAUCUAAGACUAAGAUGUAAUGUUGCCUUUCUUUGAUUUAUAAACUGACGGAUUCGUUUAUUUGUGGUUUGGCUCCUAGAUUACUUUUUAAAUACAGACAAAAAGUUAUUUUUAUUUAAUGUAAAUACAUUUUUUAGCAUUAAAUAUGACUGCUUCUUCCCUGAAAACCUUCUCUCUGCUACGCUCUGCGUAAUCCAUUGAGCCUUAUUUUAACCUUUUCAUAUAAAUAUGACGUUUUGAUUGGAUGUAACGUAAAUUGUUGUCCUUUUGAAUGCUUUUUAAAGAUUUCUAGGAAAAAAAAAAAAAAAACAUCUACAGCUACAAACCGACCUUAUUGUUAGAGGGCCGAUCAGAUCUACAGCAUGGUGUGAUUGAAUUUCCUGAGUGCACACAUCCGGUGAUUACUCGAAUGCAGCUCUACACAACUAACUCUACAUCAGUCAUGGAAUAAAUUUCGAAGCAGAUUGCCGUUUUUUUGGGUUGUGUAUUAUACCAAAGCUGGAGUCUCUGGAAGCGAGGCCCCAGCUGAAGCAUGAAGACAAGCCAAUUUUUUUAAAUAUGACACAUUUCUGUUGUCGUCACAAUUGUUUUUUCAAUAUUAUGGAGUCAGCACCGCUAUAGACAUAUUGUAUGAACAUAAGUGACUGUUUUAUUGUUUUUACAUUGACGUGGAAGUGUGAAUGAUUAAUACCCCCCCGCCCCCCACCCCAACCCAAACAGGGCAGCAUAAACGAAGAACUGAAUUUGAGAAAACAUUAAAAAGAAAACAUAUAAUCUUGUUAACAAGAUUUUUAUUGCCAUCCAGGACAUUAAACAUUCUUUAAAAUAUGAGUAAACUAAAGUUUUCCUCACAGACAUAAAAUGUUGUUAAAAUUACAACUAAAAAUCUGUUUUUACUCAAUUUCUGAGAAAUCAGAACAAUACCUUUUACAGGGUUUCUUUCUGUGAGGAAAAAGAAAACUCAAACAAUACGUCAUGGCUGGGAUCUUUAAAGACUGUGUAUACAUGACCUUAAGAAAGUAUUCAUAUGCCUCCACAAUUUGUAACAUUACAGACACAAACUUCAACAUAUUUGGGAUCAUAUUGCUUUAAAACUACAAAAAGUAGUGAGUAAUGUUGAACAGGAAGAAAAAUGAUACAUGGUUUUUGAGUUAGUUGAAAAAAAGCAGAAACUGCAGCAUGAAUUUGCAUUUAGCUGCUUUAAUGCUUUUUAGAACCAAAUUUUGCUGCAAAUUACAACUGACCUUGUUCUGAUGUACAUAUCUAUCAGGUUUGUACAUGUGGAAACUGAAUUUUUUUAUUUCUUUUUUAAAGUCAAAAGUUAGAUUGGAUGAAGAAAGCCUGUAGACAUAAUUUUUAGCUCUUGCCACCGAUUUUUGAAUAAAGGUUCGAAUGGACCCUGUCUUUUGUUCCAUCUAUCUUCCACCGCCUCCACCAUGUUUCACACUGGGGAUGUGCAGUGGUGGUUGUAUGGCGUUCUGGAUGUAGUUCCAAAAUGUUACAUUUUGGUCUGAUCUGACCAGAGCACCUUCUUCCACAUGUUUGCUGUCUCCUAUUUUGGUUGUGGCAAAUUGCACACCUAUGGUUUUGUUUUCAAUAAUAUCUUCUUGUCACCAUUACAUAAAGUUUAGAUUUUAAAUGUCGUUAUUACCUUGUCUCUAACUUGUUUAAGUUACACAUAACUGCACUCUAUUCAUAAAUUAGAUGACCUCUGGUGGAAACUUGUUUCACUUGAUUUUUCUGAAGUUGUAUCAGAGUAACAGGGACUAAACACAACUCAGUAGAAAACCACCUAUCAUUUUCCUUGCACCUCACAAUUGUCCACAACACUGUGUUGGUCUAUUACAUUAAAGUCCAAUAAAGUGCAUUAAGUUUGUGGUUGUAACAUUACACAAUAUGAAACGUUCAAGAAGUAUGAAUACUUUUGCAAAGGGUUAGCUUUGAUGAAAUUAUUGGCUUUGAAAUCCAAAAUUGAAAGGAGAAAUUCAGAUUUUGGCUGUAGUAGACUAGCAUGGAAUGUUUACAGUAAUUUACAUAAUUUUGUCUUCAUAGGAGGUCCACAUUUGUAGCCUACUUGUUGGUUGGUUAUAUUUAUAUAUAUUAAAAAAACUGCUAGUGAUGCCUUGUUUUUUGUACAGUUUUAUGUACAUGCAAGUGUAGGUUUUUAAAAAAUGAAGAUGAGAAACUAUAUAUAUUCAAAACCGUGAAGGAAUCCUGAACCUGUAGGAAUAUAUUGUCUUAAGUACCGUAGGAUCUAUUGUAAUGUAGAAGAGAGGAGUCAGGCUCAGAGUGGAGGACGACAACGAUCCUCCUGCUGGCAUCGUUCACCUGUUUCUCAUUUUGCCAUUGUUGUUCUGGAACAUUGUUACUUUUCUGAAUCUUUCUUGUUUUUGUUUCUUUUUUCAGGAGGAAUUUUGUUGAUGUGUACAUUUGAUCCUCAUCUCUUUUUAUCAGCAUGUUUGAAUAGAAAAAAAAAAUAAUGUGGUCUUUUAUUUUUGCUGAGCAAAUCAAAGAAAUAUCUUGUAAUUACUCCUUCCUUAUAGCUUUACAAUAAAAUCCAUUCAGUCGAACAAA